AUGCAGGACCAGGCUGUGGGGCCGACCCAGGAUAAAAAUAACCCCGAGAAGAGACAUUAUUUACGGUCAACUCCCUACGCAACUAGAGGAGUUAUCAUUGUCUUGCUUAAAACAGUCACUUUGCAGGAAGGUGCAAUUAAACAACCUGUUUGUUUUGACAGCUUGACUGUGAAUACUGAUCAUGGGGAUAUCUUACUGGAUUAUUCAAAGAACCUUGUUACUGAAGAAGUGAUGAAAAUGCUGAUGGAACUGGCAAAGUCAAGGGGUGUGGAAAGUGCCAGAGAGCGCAUGUUCAGUGGAGAGAAGAUCAACUUCACUGAGAACCGAGCUGUGCUUCAUAUUGCUCUGAGAAAUCGUUCCAAUGUGCCAAUACUUGUAGAUGGGAAGGAUGUUGUUCCAGAAGUAAACAAAGUGUUGGACAAAAUGAAACACUUCUGCCAGAGAGUCCGUAGUGGUGAAUGGAAAGGCUACACUGGAAAGGCAAUCACUGAUGUGGUCAAUAUUGGGAUUGGUGGCUCCGACUUGGGCCCUCUGAUGGUAACUGAAGCCCUGAAACCAUAUUCCAAGGGAGGCCCUCGUGUUUGGUUUGUAUCCAACAUUGAUGGUACUCAUAUAGCUAAAACCCUGGCUGAGCUUAAACCAGACACUACGCUCUUCAUCAUUGCAUCAAAGACUUUCACCACCCAAGAAACUAUCACCAAUGCAGAAACGGCUAAAGAGUGGUUCUUACAUGCUGCUAAUGAUCCUUCAGCUGUGGCCAAACAUUUUGUUGCCUUGUCUACCAAUGGUCCUAAAGUUAAGGACUUUGGAAUUGACCCAGACAACAUGUUUGAGUUUUGGGAUUGGGUUGGUGGCCGCUACUCUUUGUGGUCUGCCAUUGGUCUCUCCAUCGCCCUGCACAUUGGUUUUGACAACUUUGAGAGCCUGCUUGCAGGAGCCCACUGGAUGGAUAAUCACUUCCACACUGCCCCACUGGAGAAGAACAUGCCUGUUCUGUUGGCCAUGCUAGGUGUAUGGUACAUAAACUGCUAUGGAUGUGAAACCCAUGCCCUUCUGCCCUAUGACCAAUACAUGCACCGCUUUGCUGCCUACUUCCAGCAGGGUGAUAUGGAAUCUAAUGGUAAAUACAUUACCAAGAAGGGCUCUCGUGUGGACUACAGUACUGGCCCUAUUGUGUGGGGAGAGCCUGGCACCAAUGGGCAGCAUGCUUUCUACCAGCUUAUCCAUCAAGGAACUCGCAUGAUUCCCUGUGACUUUCUGAUCCCAGUCCAGACCCAGCAUCCAGUCAGAAAUGGCUUGCAUCACAAGAUCCUUUUGGCCAACUUCCUUGCUCAGACUGAGGCUUUGAUGAAAGGAAAGACUGCUGAUGAAGCUCGUAAGGAACUUCAAGCAGCAGGACUGAGUGGAGAUGCUCUGGAGAAGCUUCUUCCCCAUAAGGUCUUUGAGGGAAAUCGACCAACCAACUCCAUCAUGUUUACAAAACUGAACCCAUUCACUCUAGGAGCCAUCAUUGCCAUGUAUGAGCACAAGAUAUUUGUUCAAGGAAUUGUCUGGGAUAUUAACAGUUAUGACCAGUGGGGAGUUGAACUUGGAAAACAACUUGCCAAGAAAAUUGAGCCUGAACUGGAGUCAGAUGCUCCAGUGACAUCUCAUGAUAGCUCAACAAAUGGGCUCAUCAAUUUCAUCAAAAAACACAGAGCCUGAAAUGAAAGUUUUGGAGGACAUCGACAAUCUAACCACCGAAUUCCCAAAUCUGUUGUAGUUGUGCUUUUUUUAGCCACUUCUAACAAAAAGCACUUUACAGAUGUAGCUUCUUCACUUGUUGCAGUUAAUCUUGUUGCGUCAAGUGUUGCAAAUGAGAACUAGUUUUGUGAAAUCCAGAGAUUGUAUAGUUGCUUUCUAUUUUUGUGGCUGUUAAUCUGUAAAGUGCAGCUGGUAUGUUCCUCAGUUCUUACCCCUCAACUUCCUUUAAAGGUGAUCACAUACUGGUACUAGACAAUAAAAGGUAUUAUGGAUGAGUAAAACUUCUUCACUCUGUAUCUUUAAAGUGCAGACCUAGUAACAUUUGCCUCACUGUGUAAUGUCCUCUGAAGCCAAGUAAACUAGCUUCUGUCUUUUUGGACUGGUUCUACUGUAAGCUGGAAACUAGAAUGUGUUCAGAGAAUCAAAUCUACAGAUGUAGGUUGUUCAUGCUGCAUGAUUGGUUUGAGCAAGAUACAAAUUUUUUUCAAUGCUACUGUGAAAAGGAAGGUUUAAUAAUGUGUGGUAAAAGAUCUCUUGGUUUCUCCAUAUGCUGUGGAAGCCCUGUGUGGACAGCUAUCCAAAAAGGAAGAAAGUUCCUGGAGUGACAGUGGUAUCUUAAUUUUUCCAAACAGUUUUCAGGAGUUUGUGAAGCAUAAGCUUGGGAUCACUUGCAGAAGAAAUGUAUUUUUGGGAUCCUCCAGAGGUAGUUUCUCUCACUCUCUCACAGCAUCACUGUUUCAAGAAAAAAAAACUUAAAUAUUUGUAAGCAAGUUGUAAGCAAGUUGCUUGCAUCCUCUUUCAUUCUCUAUCACUGUUAACCCCUCUCUGCUAGCAGACUGGCAUGCUGUGGCUAUUGUUCUGUAACACCUUUAAUAAAGGUAAGACACAAGCUUUGAAAGGAGAAAUGAGAUGUUAACUGUGGUUCUCAUACCCUGAACUCCUUGUGACAAAUGCUACUCUGGCUUCAAAGUCUGAGCUUGUAACUCUGAAUGCACGUUUGCUGCACAGAUUCAGUGGCAGGAACAAAAGUUUGAUCUUGCUGAUGGUGGCACACUAGCAACUCCAUGGUGUUUGACAAUCUGGCUGCAUGGAUUUGAGUUGUUAAACUCAGACUAAGUGUAUAUGUAGUGCUUGGAUGCUUUGCUUUUGAUCAACGUUAUAAAGCAAUUUCUCCACAUAAAACAUGGUCACAGAAAGAACCCACUAGAGGGAGGCAUCAUAUUUUCAUAUGAGGUUUUAAACCUUUCGUCCAGCUGUGUAAAGGCAUGUGCUAAAGCACAACUUCAUCUUUCUGUAGAGGCAGGUGUGAAGUGGGACAUCUUUGUGUAGAAGCCUGUCAUGAUUUGAAUGGUAAAGCCCAUUGGUUUGUCUCAGUGCUAUUGUUUCGGUUUUUUUUGACUGUGCUUCUCUUGGAAAUUAGACCCCAGCAACUUUUC